AUGGCAGGCGGUUAUUGUGUGAGUAAUCCAUCAAAUGAGUUUCUACCACUUGCCCAGGAAGGAGCCACCAGCCUCUGUGAACCAGCUCCUUCCGUGGUGUCAAAAUUGACCAAGCCUCACGCUGGCCUCAAGCUGGCCUCAUGCUGGUCUCACACAUCAAAUGGCAUUCCGAUUUCUUCAAUUCUCUGCCAUGUCCCAUCUCGCAUUGAUUCGCAUCUCGCAUCUCAUCAUCUCUCCAGCCUAGUCUCAACAACGGACGCACGGGUCAACCUGUUGGCAUCAUCUCCUCCGGAGCAUUUCGACCAUGCUCGAGACACUUGCUCAUGA